AUGUCCAUUCAGACUCAGGAUUCCGGAGAUUCUUCUUUGAAGUCGUUGUCUCUUAUUGCAACGCACUCACACAUUGUCGGGCUAGGUCUCGAUGAGAAUUUACAGCCUAAGCCAGCCUCUCAAGGGAUGGUGGGCCAAUUGCAAGCACGUAGAGCAGCAGGUGUUGUUCUAAAGAUGGUUCAGAACGGAAUUAUUGCUGGAAGAGCAAUUCUUGUGGCUGGCCCUCCCUCCACUGGUAAAACAGCGUUGGCAAUGGGUCUUGCUCAGUCACUGGGAGCAGAUGUUCCUUUCACUGCCAUUGCAGGUUCAGAAAUCUUUUCUUUAGAGCUUUCGAAGACCGAAGCUUUAACCCAGGCAUUCCGUAAGUCCAUUGGUAUUAAAAUCAAAGAAGACACUGAACUCAUCGAAGGUGAAGUUGUAGAGAUCCAAAUCGACAGAUCCAUUACCGGGGGCCAUAAACAGGGUAAAUUGACCAUUAAAACCACCGAUAUGGAGACUAUUUACGAGCUAGGUAACAAAAUGAUAGAUGGAUUGACCAAGGAGAAGGUUUUGGCAGGUGAUAUUAUUUCAAUUGAUAAGUCUAGUGGGAAGAUUACGAAACUGGGAAGAUCGUUUGCUCGUUCUCGUGACUACGAUGCUAUGGGAGCAGAUACAAAAUUUGUGCAAUGCCCAGAAGGAGAACUACAGAAACGUAAAACGGCCGUGCACACUGUUUCAUUGCACGAGAUAGACGUCAUCAACUCUCGUACUCAGGGUUUCCUUGCACUAUUUACCGGAGACACGGGAGAAAUAAGGUCCGAAGUACGUGAUCAAAUCAACACUAAGGUAGCUGAGUGGAAGGAAGAAGGUAAGGCAGAAAUCGUGCCAGGUUUGCUAUUCAUCGAUGAAGUGCACAUGUUGGACAUUGAAUGUUUCUCUUUUAUCAACCGUGCAUUGGAAGACGAGUUUGCCCCAAUUGUCAUUAUGGCUACUAACCGUGGUAUAUCGAGGACUCGUGGAACAAACUAUAACUCACCUCAUGGUCUGCCACUAGACUUGCUAGAUAGAUCGAUCAUAAUAACCACUCAGAAUUACAAGGAAGAAGAAAUAAAGACAAUUCUUUCAAUUAGAUCACAGGAGGAAGAGGUAGAACUUUCUUCCGAUGCCUUGGAUUUAUUGACAAAGAUUGGGACUGAAACCUCUCUACGUUACAGCAGCAACCUGAUUUCCGUAUCGCAUCAAAUCGCUCAGAAAAGAAAAUCGAACACAGUAGACGUUCAGGAUGUCCAACGUGCUUACUUGUUGUUUUUAGACAGCAAACGUUCCGUAAAAUUCCUACAAGAAUUUCAAUCGCAUUAUAUUGACGACAAGGGCAAAGUGAAUAUCUCAGUGGCCAACCAAGAUGCCAUGGACACCACAGCCUAA